AUGCUGACGUCACAGGAUGUGUAUUUCUGUACCGUAUCCCCAGUGCCGUACCCCUUGCAAUUUACACCCCGCCCUAGUGCCAUAUACCCAUUACCGAAUGCCCCUUGCCGUACCCUCAGUAUUUUAACCACUGUACCGUACUCCCUCUACCUUAGCUCCAGUACAUUACGUCCUGCACCGAAUCUCCAGUACCAAACCCCAUGUACCGUGCUCACAAAACCGGAAUCGCAGUACCCUUCCCCCAGUACUGUGCCCCAUGUACCGAAGUCCCAGUAUUGUACCCCAUAUCGAGUCCCCAGUACUGAUACCGCCCCAGUACUGUUGCCAGUAUUGUACCCCAUCCCUGUAUCCCAUGUACCUACCUCCCAGUACUACCCUACCUACCUCCCAGUACUGUACUCCAACCUACUUAACUCCAUGUACCUACCUCCCAGUACUGUACCCCAAGUACUGAACCCCCAGUACUGUACCCCAUGUACCGAAAUGCCAGUACUGUACCCUAUGUACCUUACUCCCAGUACUGUACCAAAUGUGCCGAACCCCCAGUACCGUACUCCCAAAACCGGAACCCCAGUACCCUUCCCCCGAGAAUUCAUUCGAGCUUGA